CAUGGGGCGGAGCCGGCUGCGCUGCGCUCCGGCGCUCCGCGGCUGCCGGGCACGGGGCGCGCACGGCAGUGGGAGCCCAGCGCCGCCGGGAGCCGCCCGCAGACAGCUCCGUGUGUCCCCCGGGGCGGGGAGCCGCCGGCAGAGAUUAAUGGUGAGGAAAACUGGAUAGAGAGGGAACCCAGAGGAGUCUGGCACCCAGCAGCAAAGGUUGACCAGGCUGGAUCACGGCACUAAGGACCUGGAGCAAGGAUCCUGCCUGAUGCAUGUGUAUUACGACCUGACUUCUUGAGGAGAGCAAGUGUUUCUCUGAAGCUCUGCCCCUUCAAAGCAGCACGCAGGAGAAGCUUGGUUAGAAGGAGAUACAUGGGACACACAGAGAAUUAAAGAGUAGAAGAGACACCGUGCUUCAAGUCCCAAGAUUUGUGAAGGAAGAAUUGGGUCAAGGAGCCUGAAGACCAUGGAGGGAGACUGCCUGAGCUGCAUGAAGUACCUGAUGUUUCUUUUCAAUUUCUUCAUAUUUCUGGGAGGAGCGUGCCUGCUGGGCCUUGGGAUCUGGGUCAUUGUGGAUCCCACAGGCUUCCGAGAGAUAGUAGCUGCCAACCCCCUGCUCUUCACGGGAGCCUACAUCAUGCUGGCUAUGGGAGCCAUGCUCUUCCUGCUGGGUUUCCUCGGCUGCUGCGGUGCCAUCCGUGAGAACAAAUGCCUCCUGCUCUUUUUCUUCAUGUUUAUUUUGUUAAUCUUCCUGGCGGAGCUUUCAGCUGCUAUCCUGGCUUUUAUCUUCAGAGAAAAUCUGACCAGAGAGUUUUUCACCAAGGAGCUGAAGAAGCAUUACCUGAGGAACAACGACACGGAUGUCUUCUCUUCCACCUGGAACUCUGUUAUGAUCACAUUUGCCUGCUGUGGAGUGAAUGGACCAGAAGAUUUCGAAGCUGUCCCUCUUCUUCCAUACUCCCCUUUGGAAAGUGUGACACCGGAGGCGUGCUGCCAGCGAGAGCUCCAGAGCCGGGAAGGGAUGUUUGUCAACAAGGAAGCCUGCCUCACAGGCGUCGAGAGGUUUCAGAACCGACAGGGCUGCUACACUGUGAUCCUGAACUCCUUUGAGACCUAUGUGUACCUCGCAGGAGCCCUUGCCAUCGGAGUGUUGGCUAUUGAGCUCUUUGCCAUGAUCUUCGCUAUGUGUCUCUUUCGAGGGAUCCAGUAAGAAGUGGCCCAUGGACCGCCACAUUCCCCACAUGCUCAGACAAAAGAAGGAAAACGAGAAGAAACAAAACCUGAAACCACCCAAAAAAAAAACCUUUAUUUUUUUUAACAAAAUGGGGUAGGGGAAAAAAAAAAACACAAAAAGAAGAAAAAAAAAGAAAAAAGAGGGUUGUAAUAUAUGAAUGACCAAAAGGAUUGUACUUCAGGGGCUGGAACUUUGAGGUGAUGUGCA